AUUAUUUAAUUGAAAUUUUAUCGCUAUUUUAACCCUUUAAUUAUGAAAGUUAAGGAUGCAUCGAAUACAUUAACUCCUACACACUGUCAUGAAGGUUCAUUGUCUGAUACCACAAAGCAAAAGAAAUCCCGCAAUAAAUUAAUAUUAGCUUGCAUUAUAUGCCUUGUAUUUACAUUGGUUGAAGUUACAGGCGGAUAUUUCGCCGAUAGUUUAGCAAUAUUGACCGACGCCGCUCAUUUGCUCACAGAUUUCGGGAGUUUCGUUAUAAGUCUUUUCUCUCUCUACAUGUCAUGCCGACCCCCUUCCAAAAGAUUAAAUUUUGGGUGGCAUAGAGCCGAAGUUUUGGGUGCUUUUGCUUCUAUAUUGCUCAUCUGGGUGUUGACCGCAGUUUUGAUGUACUUUGCCGUGAAACGGGUAAUAAAUAAUAAUUACGAUAUCAAUGCGUCCGUUAUGCUCAUCACCGCUACUUUCGGAGUUGUCGUCAAUAUCAUAAUGGGCCUGGUGCUACAUCCUCACGGCCAUCACAAUCAUUCCCAUGCCAAUCAUCAUAAUAACAAUUCCGAUCAAGAUCACCUAAUAUGCAACGAUAACCUAGAUUCACCGAGUCCAGGAGAUCGUCAAAAUGGAAGUAAAGAUGACUUCGACAAUACCGAAAUACGUGAUCUGGCCCAUAGUAGCGAACCUACAAGCACUUGUAGCAAUAGUAACAAUACCUUUCUCACUCCUCUCCUUAGCCCUGCUGCUAGAACAUUAAUUCCGGAUGUCACAAUUGCGCAGAAGAGGCGUUACGACUCCGCAUCGUUAGCCAUCCGCGCCGCUUACAUCCAUGUGAUAGGAGAUUUGGUGCAAAGCUUUGGAAUACUCAUAGCUGCAUUUGUAAUUUAUUAUAGGCCUGAUCUGAAAAUUGCCGACCCCAUCUGCACAUUCAUAUUUUCAUUUUUAGUAAUACUCACAACACUCUCCAUACUGAAGGAUAUAGUUAUGAUACUAAUGGAGGCCACACCUUCCGAUAUCAAAUACGCUCACGUAAAACAAUCGCUUCUUACGAUUCCCGGUUUAACAUCCAUCCACGAUCUCAAAAUAUGGUGCCUGACUUCCGAAAAGAAGAUUGCCAUAUUUCACGCUGUCACUGAGUUACCUUUGUCCAACAAUAGUGACAUUCAAAAAUGUGCGACUCAAAUGCUGAAAGAGAAGUUUGAAAUCGACAUAGUCAAUAUUCAGAUUGAAGAAUUCAGGGAAGAGAUGAGGAACUGCCAAUUUUGUAAUGACCCAAUUUAAUCCAUUCAUUUAUACUUCAAACAAACAAAAAUGGCAGGUUUAGGAAAACCUACAAUGCAACCUUUAAAUAUAUAUUUUUUUUUAAAGUUUAAAGUGUUUUUUUAACAGUAAUAAAUAUUAUACAUAAGAUUUUAACUUACAACAUCAUUUUUAAAAAAAAUAAAUAAAUAGAAUUAUUAAUAAGCAUUUUGUUUGGCAAUAUUAUAUAAACAAUUAAUUGCCCAACCACUAACGACGACCAAAUAUUAUAUUAAUUAGAAACCAAAUAUAGAAAGAAAU